CCACGCCCCUUCGACGUGUGGCUAAAAUGGCGUCGGGAUGAACCUGUGAGAGCGAGUGUGCACUAACCUGGGCCGGUAGGUUACUGCGUGAGCCGGCACUGAAUGGGUUAAACUGUCUGUAAUAAUAUCAGAGCCUGGCACUGAAUGGGUUAAACUGUCUGUAAUAAUAAUAUCAGAGCCCGGCACUGAAUGGGUUAAACUGUCUGUAAUAAUAUCAGAGCCUGGCACUGAAUGGGUUAAACUGUCUGUAAUAAUAAUAUCAGAGCCUGGCACUGAAUGAGUUAAACUGUCUGUAAUAAUAAUAUCAGAGCCUGGCACUGAAUGGGUUAAACUGUCUGUAAUAAUAAUAUCAGAGCCUGGCACUGAAUGAGUUAAACUGUCUGUAAUAAUAAUAUCAGAGCCUGGCACUGAAUGGGUUAAACUGUCUGUAAUAAUAAUAAUAAUAUCAGAGUCUGGCACUGAAUGGGUUAAACUGUCUGUAAUAAUAAUAAUAAUAAUAUCAGAGUCUGGCACUGAAUGGGUUAAACUGUCUGUAAUAAUAAUAAUAUCAGAGUCUGGCACUGAAUGGGUUAAACUGUCUGUAAUAAUAAUAAUAUCAGAGCCUGGCACUGAAUGGGUUAAACUGUCUGUAAUAAUAAUAUCAGAGCCUGGCACUGAAUGAGUUAAACUGUCUGUAAUAAUAAUAUCAGAGCCUGGCACUGAAUGGGUUAAACUGUCUGUAAUAAUAAUAUCAGAGUCUGGCACUGAAUGAGUUAAACUGUCUGUAAUAAUAAUAUCAGAGCCUGGCACUGAAUGGGUUAAACUGUCUGUAAUAAUAAUAAUAAUAUCAGAGCCUGGCACUGAAUGGGUUAAACUGUCUGUAAUAAUAAUAAUAAUAUCAGAGUCUGGCACUGAAUGGGUUAAACUGUCUGUAACAAUAAUAAUAAUAUCAGAGCCUGGCACUGAAUGGGUUAAACUGUCUGUAAUAAUAAUAAUAAUAUCAGAGUCUGGCACUGAAUGGGUUAAACUGUCUGUAAUAAUAAUAUCAGAGCCUGGCACUGAAUGGGUUAAACUGUCUGUAAUAAUAAUAUCAGAGUCUGGCACUGAAUGGGUUAAACUGUCUGUAAUAAUAUAAUAAUAUCAGAGUCUGGCACUGAAUGAGUUAAACUGUCUGUAAUAAUAAUAUCAGAGUCUGGCACUGAAUGGGUUAAACUGUCUGUAACAAUAAUAAUAAUAUCAGAGCCUGGCACUGAAUGGGUUAAACUGUCUGUAAUAAUAAUAAUAAUAUCAGAGCCUGGCACUGAAUGGGUUAAACUGUCUGUAAUAAUAAUAUCAGAGUCUGGCACUGAAUGAGUUAAACUGUCUGUAAUAAUAAUAUCAGAGCCUGGCACUGAAUGGGUUAAACUGUCUGUAAUAAUAAUAUCAGAGCCUGGCACUGAAUGGGUUAAACUGUCUGUAAUAAUAAUAUCAGAGCCUGGCACUGAACUGGUUAAACUGUCUGUAAUAAUAUCAGAGCCUGGCACUGAAUGGGUUAAACUGUCUGUAAUAAUAAUAUCAGAGCCUGGCACUGAAUGGGUUAAACUGUCUGUAAUAAUAUCAGAGCCUGGCACUGAAUGGGUUAAACUGUAGUAAUAAUAAUAUCAUAGCCUGGCACUGAAUGGGUUAAACUGUAGUAAUAAUAAUAUCAGAGCCUGGCACUGAAUGGGUUAAACUGUAGUAAUAAUAAUAUCAGAGUCUGGCACUGAAUGGGUUAAACUGUCUGUAAUAAUAAUAUCAGAGCCUGGCACUGAAUGGGUUAAACUGUCUGUACUAAUAAUAAUGAUAUCAGAGUCUGGCACUGAAUGGGUUAAACUGUCUGUAAUAAUAUCAGAGUCUGGCACUGAAUGGGUUAAACUGUCUGUAAUAAUAUCAGAGUCUGGCACUGAAUGGGUUAAACUGUCUGUAAUAAUAAUAUCAGAGCCUGGCACUGAAUGGGUUAAACUGUCUGUACUAAUAAUGAUAUCAGAGUCUGGCACUGAAUGGGUUAAACUGUCUGUAAUAAUAUCAGAGCCUGGCACUGAAUGGGUUAAACUGUCUGUACUAAUAUCAGGGUCUGUCACUGAAUGGGUUAAACUGUCAAUAAUAAUAAUAUGAGUCUGACACUGAAUGGGUUAAACUGUAUGUAACAAUAUCAGAGUCUGUCACUGAAUGGGUUAAACUGUCUGUACUAAUAAUAUCAGAGUCUGGCACUGAAUGGGUUAAACUGUCUUUACUAAUAAGAUUUGUCUGGCAUUGAAUGGGUUAAACUGUACUAAUAUUAGUCUGGCACUGAAUGGGUUAAACUGUCUACUAAUAUCAGUCUGGCACUGAAUUGGUUAAUAGGAUAGUUUGCCCCUCCUCCUGGUGCUCAAUGCCUUGAUGCAUUAGACAUGGGGUUAUUUAUUAAUACAUUGAGCUUGAUGGGACAUGCUGCUUGUAUAGAUGCUAGUUAGAGGGAAUGUGUGGUCUAUUGAAACCAUUAAUGUCCUAUUACAAAAACCUUUUUACUCCAAACACCAUGACUUAUUCUGGUUUUAGAAGUGCCUGUAGUGAUAGGAGUCUGUAGGUGCAGCUCUGUUCCCGGCGGUCUAAUUCUGUGCAGAAAUUCUGUCUGUUGUCAGCACACACAGCAUGCCGGCAACAGUUGGAAUCAGAGCUUUCAAGGAGACGCAUUUAUCUCCCCUCCCUAUAGCAUUUGUUAGUUUUUAUCAAGUUUUCCCCCUCUCCCUUACAGACUCCGUGUGUGCAUGCGCUCUGAGCGUAGUAAACGGUCCAAUCAAAGACUCCUCUGUAAGAAGGAUUUGAUUGGACCUCGCAUGGCUUCCAUGACCUCAGAUGGGAGAGUAUAUCUCUUAUAUACUUUUAUAUCCAGAGUCGCACUUCCAAGCCUUAUCUUUAGUUUAGUUUUGGGGUUUGGGGUGUAGGACAGGGGUAGGAUGAAGCUGUUAAAGUGCCUACAGUGUCUCUUUAAGUUACACCAUGACCCUUUGUAGCGUUUAGAUUUUUGCUGGUAAUCUGCUUAUUUAGGUUAAUGUGACAAUUUGGAAUAUCAGUCAGCCUGUGUUCACCUGCUUUGAAACACAAUUAAAAUUAUAAUACAUGCAUAUACGCUGAUGACACUCAGAUAUACCUCUCCUCUCCCCUGCCGUCCUGCAACGUGUCACUGCUUGCCUUUCUUCCAUCUCUGACUGGAUGUCCUCACGCUUUCUGAAACUUAACCUCUCUAAAACUGCGCUCCUAGUCUUUCCUCCUCCUAAUACUGAUCCUCCUCUCUCGCUCUCCCUUCAAGUCAGUGAUAUCCACAUAAGUCCAUCCCUGCAAGCGCGCUGUCUUGGCGUCAUACUUGACUCUGGUCUCACCUUUGAGCCUCACAUCCAGUUUGUUGCCAAGUCCUGUAGGUUCCAACUCAAAAACAUAACCCGCAUUCGCCCCUUCUUACGCAAGAUGCUACCAAGGAGCUUGUCCAUGCUCUAGUAAUUUCCCGCAUGGGUUACUGUAACCCUCUCCUGACUGGUCUCCCCAAAAGCCGUAUUGCCCCGCUACAGUCUGUAAUGAAUGCUGCAGCUAGACUGAUUUUCCUCUCUAGUCGGUCCUCUCACACCUCACCCCUCUGCCAUUCUUUACAUUGGCUCCCUGUAUGCUAUAGGAGUCAAUUCAAAGUGCUAACCCAAACAUUUAAAGCACUGAACAAUUCUAGCCCCACUUAUAUCUCUAAACUAAUCCAUAGAUAUGCCCCUCCUCGUACCCUCCGCUCUGCCCGUGACCACCUCCUGACCGCUGCUCACACCCGUACGGCCAACUCGCACUUGCAGGACCUCUCGCGGGUGGCUCCUCUCCUAUGGAAUAGCUUGCCUACUGCCAUCAGACUCUCCCCUACUCUUCAAUCAUUUAAGAAGGGCCUUAAAACCCAUCUCUUCAGGAAAGCUUAUGGCCUCCCAGAGUAUUCUCUACCUUACAUACCUGUCUCCUGCUCUCUCCUAUGGGACAGUGCUUUGCUCUCUCCUCCAGCUCUGCUUCACUCCUACUUGAUAUUUCUUGCCCUAAUGUUUCAAAUACCCCAUCUCCUAUAGUCUGUAAGCUCAUCUGAGCAGGGUCCUCUUCAACCUAUUGUUCCUGUAAGUUUUCUUGUAAUUGUCCUAUUUAUUGUUACAUUCCCCCUCUCAAAAUAUUGUAAAGCGCUACGGAAUCUGUUGGCGCUAUAUAAAUGAUAAUAAUAAUAUAAAAACUUAAAACAUAAAUAAGCUGCAAUAAUAAACAAAACAAUGCACGCUGGGCGAUAUAAUAAUGCUAAAUGGCAAGAAACUAACAAUACUGGAACCGUUGCAAGUAGUGUUUUUUUUGUUUGUUUGUUUUUUUACCCCUCCUUUUUGUCCACAAUCUCACAGUUCUUUUUUUUUUUUUCCCAUUUAGACCUUCACCGCUAACUAAUGGAGAAUUACAGGAAGGUGAAAGUGCUGGAGAAGGAGAUGAAAGUUCCUAUUCCAGACCUGCCUUCUGACAUCAUUGAAAUGAAGGUGAAGGAUGGCAGUAAAAUCCGCAAUAUAAUGGGUUUUGCUAUGGGCAAGAUGGAGGCUCAGAAUGUCCGACAGAUUGCGUUCAGUGGCUCCGGGAAAGGUCUAGGAAAGACCAUCUCCUGUGUGGAGAUCAUGAAGAGAUGUCUACAGGAUCUGCACCAGAUUACAAAGAUCUGCUUCAGAGAGACGGAGGAGAUCUGGGAGCCUAUUGUUUCCGAUGUAGGUUUGGACUCCUUAACUGUUAAAAGAAACACCCCAGCCAUCUUUGUUCUGCUCAGUAAGGACCCUUUGAAUCCAUCUGAGCCUGGCUAUCAGGCACCUGGCAGCUAUGAUUCUCUGUGGAUACAGGAACUUAAGGAAGAGUCAGUGGGACAGAAAAGGAGACGGCCGGGGACGGGCAGAGGAGCGUUGCAUGGUAGAAAGCAGCCCAAGGCUCCCGCUGGGCGCGGCGAUACCUACAAGAAGUCUUAAUUGUAAAGAAGGACUUGUUUCUGUAAAUUAUAAAUAAAAGUUGCUUUCUACUACUGCGCCGCUAAAGUCUUGUGUCCAAAACCAGGUUUUCGUUUAGAAUUUCAUAAAACAUGCAACAGUUUAACAGAC